AGCAAAAAACAAAAAACAAAUCGAAACGAAACGAAACGAAUAAAAAAACGCAACGGAUAUUUUCAAAGUGCGAGCGUGUGCGAGUCGAAUCGAAUCGAAUCGAGUUGAGGUUGAGGUUGAGUUGAGUUUUUUUUUUGAGAGUGUGUGUGCCCGUAAGCGUCGCCGUCGACGUCGCUGCUGUCGUGUGGAACAGAGCUGCCAGAUCGCGAGUUAUGAAAGCGCAAGCGUCGCACGCAAGUAGCAUUAACAGCUACAACAACAACAAUAAAAGCACCUAAGAACAGAGCACGAAACAGAACAACAAAAUUUAUAAGCGCAAAAAAUAUAUAUUAUAUAUAUUUUUGCUAUUUCAACGUUUUUAAACACGCUACAAAAAUAAAAUACAAAAAAAACAGAACAAAAAACUACUCUAAAAGAUGGAUAGCAGCAGCAGCGAGCAGAGUUUGAUCAACGGCAGCGGAGCUUUGAAUUUCAAGCGGCCCAAGGAUGCAACCGCCACGGAGAGCAACAACAACAAUGGCAGCAACAAUAACAAUAGCAGUGGCAGCCCCAAAAUGGGCAGCCGCCGCAUCUUUACGCCGCACUUUAAGCUGCAGGUCCUUGAGUCAUAUCGCAAUGACAAUGACUGCAAGGGAAACCAACGUGCCACGGCCAGAAAGUACAAUAUCCAUCGACGGCAGAUACAAAAGUGGCUGCAAUGCGAGUCCAAUCUGCGCUCCUCGGUGGCCAACAAUCAGCAGCAGCAGCAGCAGCAGCAGCAACAUCCGCAUCACCUUGCCCCACAACAAUCACAGCAGCAGCAGCAGCAGCAACAGCAGCAGCAACAACAGCAGCAGCAGCUGCAACUGUCGCCGCAACAACCCUCGUCCGUUUCGCCCACACCUGUUAAGGUGUUCCAUCAGUUGAGCCAUCCUUUGGUCCACCAGCUGCAUCAUGCCCACCAUGCCCACCAUGUCCAUGCCCAGGCUCAGGCCCAUCACCAUCAUCAUCACCAUCAUCAUCAUGCUGCUGCAGCGGCAGCAGCGGCGGCAGCAGCAGCAGCAGCAGCGGCAGCAGCCCACCAUGCCCAUCAUCUGCUGGCCAAUGGAAUGGUGCCGCAUCCACAUCCACUGGCGGCAGGUCAUCCGCACUUGCAUGUGCCAGUGCCAGUGCAUCCGCAUAUGCAGCAGCAGCAGCAGCAGCAGCAGCAGGAGCAGCAGGAGAAGAUGCAACAGCAACAGCAGCAACAGGAGAAGUUGCAGCAAUUGCCGCCAGCAACCAAUGGUAGCAGCAGCAGCAGCAGCAGCAGCAACAACAAUCAGCAACUUUCAGCGGCCAAGAUCGCUGCCGUGGUGGCAGCAGCCAUGGCCACCAGCAAUAAUGCUAGCUCCAAUGGUAGCCCCCUUUCCCAUACCCAUGCCCAUGCCCUGCCACAGCCCAGCCCAACCAGCGCCAAUACAUUGCCAUAUAGCAGCAGUGCCUGCAACAGCAGUAGCAGCAACAGCAACAGCAGCAGCAGCAACAACAAUCCAAGCAGCAGCAGCAGCAGCAGCAGCAACCACAACCAAGUGCCAACACAAGUGCCAAUCCUGAGCAGCAGCUCCCCGGGAAGCGCCACCAGCAGUCACAUUCCACAUAUGCCUUAUCCCUAUCAUGCCGCCGCCGCCGCCGCCGCCGCCGCCGCUUAUCAUCUGGAGAGUCGCCUGGAGGCAGUGGCCACACCUGCCCCCAUGGAUCUAUCCCUUGGCUCCUCCGCUCGCCGCCAGAUGCAAAUGUUGGAGAAGGAUGACCAGGAUGGUCAUAGCACAGGAGCCGGAGGUGUGGAUUUGACCUUCAGGAAGCGCAAGGUGAUUACCAUGCCAGUGCAACCGGAUAAGAUUAGUAAGUUGGAGCAGGCGGCCAUUAAAUUGGAGCCGGAAACGGAAACGGAGAAUGAGAACGAGAACGAGGAUGUGGAGGUGGAUGUGGAGACGGAGCAGCCCGAGGAGCAUAAUAAUAAGCUGCCCUCUAAGCAGGUGAAGCUAUUCAAACCCUAUUUGCUGGAUGAUGAGGAGGAGCAUGAGCAUGAGCCAGAACAGGAGGAGGAUAGGGAGGAUCUAGAAGCGGAGGAGGAAGAGCAGGAGGCACGGGAUGCUGAUGCAGAUGAUGAUGAGGAGGAGUCCGAGAAGCAGCAGCAGCAGAGUCGCCGCCUUAAGAAAAAGGCAACGGUAUGCGAACAGAGGGAUCCCAUCAUUUGGAGCAAUCAUCCCUAUGCAGCUGCAUCACCAGGACGCUCCUCUAGCUCCAGCUUUCACUGCCCCCUGCAGACAUUUCCCGUCAGCGUCAGCUCCAGGGGGAGUCCUUCUCAGUUUCAACACGAUGCGAAAGCCAAUAGUAGCAGCAACAGCAGCAACAGCAGCAGCAGCAGCAGCGCAAGCAGCACACCCCUCAGCCCCUUCUCGGCGCCCGCCCUCUCACCCACCGGCUUCUGUUGCCCCAAAGGAUCACCCGUUUCCGGCUACGAGAGCAGCUCCUCCACCUACAGCGACAACAGCAGCAGCCGCAGCAGCACCGGCAGCAUCAGUCUCAGUGGCAACUACAGUCUCAACCUGCAGCUGCAUGCCGUCUACAACGACAACAAUCUGAUGUAUAUACAGCAGCAGCAGCAGCAGCAACAUCAGCAGCAGCAGCAGCAACAUCAUCAUCAGCAGGCGCACCUGCAGCGUUGGUUGGAUCAGGAGCAGGCGCUGGCCAGGACAGCGACGCCACUGAUGCUAGCCACGGGCAGCAAUACGACGCCCACGAAUCUGACCCUGGUGGCCUGAAGGAGCAAGAAAAGGAUAAGGAUAUGGAGGAAGGAUUACACAGAGAGAGAAUACAGAGAGCAGCAAUCCCACCAAUAUCGAAAGUUAUGGCAGUCACUGGGCCUGGCCUUUUAGCUAACUAAGCCAUCAAAUAAUAUAUAUAUAUAUCUAUUUUUUUGUCGUUUAAUUAAGUACUUUUAAUAUUAAUAUUUUAACUAGCACCUAAGUUUUACCUUAAAAGAAUUUUAGGAUCAUAAGUGGAACAAAAAAACAUAUAUCUUCCAAGCAUAUCAGCAAAAUGAGAAAAAUAACUAAAAAAUAAACCCCGAAAGCAGCCUUAAGUUUUACAUACUUAUACAUAUAUAUUUUAUUCUUUUUUUUUGCUACCAUUUAAGAACAAAUUAAGCUUAAGUUGUGUAUUUUUUGAUGUGUGUCUGUAUUUUUUUUAAUUAUUUUUUUUUUGCGAGUGUAAAUAAUUGUGUAAAAGAAAAAUCAAGAAGCAAAGCGAAACAUUUGUAAAGGAAUUUCAACGCUUAAAUUUAAUUUGUGAAAACUAAGAGAGAGAGAGAGAGGGGGAGGGGAGCGGGGGUUUGAGGAAAAAUGUGAGAAAAAUGCAACGCAGAGAAACUGAGAGAAAAAAUUUGUUAAGAGUAAAACACAAGCUUUAAAAACACACAAACACAC